GCCGGGAAUUUUGAAAUCACAACCAUAUUGCUUUGUCAAUUGAAAGAAUACCUUUAUAUUUCUAGGUUAUUAAAAAAUGUCAAGAUUUUUCCGAGGUGGAUCAGAUAGUGAAACUGAUGAUGAUGAUGAAAUUAUUUCAUCAAAUGAAGAAGAAGAGUCUGAGGAUGACCAUAUUUCUUCUUCAGAAGAUGAAGCAACGUCAAAACCCGCAGCAGGUGCUGGUGGUAGAAGUAAAUUUCUUAAAGAUGCGGUAUCCGAUUCAGAUGAAUCUGAUUUAGAUGAGAAAAGGGAGGUUAAAUCUGCUAAAGAUAAAAAAUUAGAUGCUCUUGAAUCAUCUGUUAAAACUAUUGAAAAUGCUAAAAAAAUUAAUGAUUGGGUUGCUAUUCAAAAUGAAUUCGAAAAAUUAAAUAAAAUCGUUAGUAAAUCUUUUGGGUCAAUUGGAAUGCCACGUGUAUACAUUAAAACGAUUGCUUCACUUGAAGAUUUUCUUAAUGAAGCUUUGCAAAAAGAAAAAGAAGCAAAGAAAAAAAUUAAUGCAACUCAAGCUAAAGCAUUAAACUCAAUGAAAAAUAAAAUCAAAAAGAUUGUUCGUCAAUUUGAAGACGAAGUUGAAAAAUGGAGACAAAAUCCGGUUGAAACAGAAGAAGAGGAUAAUGAAGAUGGUGACAUUGAAAAAUCAUCACCUAUAGAAAAGGAUGAUUCAUUACAAUCUACUGAUGCUCUUGAUGAUGAAGGUUUCGAACAAGUUGGGAAAGGGAAUAGACCCAUUGAGUACACUUCUGAUAAUUUGUUCAAAAAAUUGAGAGAAAUCUUGGAAGCAAGAGGAAAAAAGAAUACGGACCGUUUAGAACAAAUUAAAAUCCUUCAAAAACUUUUAGGUGUUGCUGCUACAUCAUAUCAACAAGUCCGAGUCUUACUUGCAUUAAUACCUGCCCAAUUUGACUAUAAUCCGAGUAUGAGUAAUUACAUGAAUGUCGAUAUGUGGAAAAGCACACAAAAGGAGAUAAAUCAACUCUUAACAAUUUUGGAAUCAACCCCUAGUUUUAUGAUUCAUGAUCAUGUUGAAGAAGAAGAAGAAGAUAAGGAACCAGUUAUAGAACCAGGUCAAACAUUUGGCAUACGCGGAUCUAUCGUUUCUUUCAUUGAUCGUUUAGAUGAUGAGUUUACGAAAUCUUUACAGAAUAUUGAUCCACAUACUACCGAUUAUGUGGAUAGAUUGAAAGAUGAAACUGAAUUAUAUGCAACAAUCGUGAGAGGGCAAAUUUAUUUCGAACAAAAUGAUUUAAAUGAGAGUACGAGUAGAGUGGUAAUGAGAAGAUUGGAACAUUUAUAUUAUAAGCCCGAUCAAGUUAUACAGACUGUUGAAAAUACGGUUUCUCAAUCACUCCCUUCGAAUCUUAAAUCUUCAAUUACUCCACCUGCGAUUACACAAGAUUCUUCUGAUCUUAUUCACGCUCUCUGUGUUUACCUUUACAAGAAAGGAGAGUCUUUACUUCGUACUCGUGCAAUGCUUUGUCAUAUUUACCAUCAUGCGCUGCACAACCGAUUUUAUAUUGCACGUGAUAUGCUUUUAAUGUCACAUUUACAAGACAAUAUUCAACUUAGCGAUGUUGGUACCCAAAUUUUACACAAUCGCACUAUGGUACAAGUUGGACUUUGUGCUUUCCGUGAAGGGAUGAUUAAAGAAUCUCAGAGCUGUCUACAAGAAAUUUGCGGUACUGGACGUGUGAAAGAAUUAUUAGCUCAAGGUUUACAAUUACAAAAAUAUUCACAACUUCCACCGGAACAAGAAAAAUUAGAUCGUCAACGUCAAUUACCAUUCCAUAUGCAUAUUAAUCUAGAAUUACUUGAAUGUGCAUAUUUGACUUGUUCUAUGUUAUUAGAAAUUCCUGCUAUGGCGGCUGCUGGAUCAAAUCCCGAGGCUCGUAAAAAAGUUAUCAGUAAACCAUUUAGAAGAAUGUUGGAUUACAACGAAAGACAAGUUUUUAGUGGACCACCUGAAAAUACAAGAGAUCAUAUUAUGGGAGCAGCUAAAGCACUCGCAGCUGGUGAAUGGCAAAAAUGUCAAGAACUAAUUAGUGCAAUAAAGAUUUGGGAUUUAAUGCCUGAAACACAAAAAAUUAAAGAAAUGUUAAAUAGAAAAAUUCAAGAAGAAGGUCUUCGAACUUAUUUAUUUACAUAUUCUUCAUAUUAUACGACAUUAGGGCUUGAACAGUUGUCAACGAUGUUUUCAUUGCCAAUAAAUACAGUUACGUCUAUUGUAUCAAAAAUGAUUUGGAAUGAGGAAUUAGCAGCUUCAUUAGACCAAAUUAAUAAUGUUGUUGUAUUACAUCGUGUUGAACAUACCAAAGUUCAACAAUUAGCUUUAAUGUUUGCUGAAAAAGCUACUUCAUUCGUUGAAGCUAAUGAAAGAACUUUGGAACAAAAACAAGCUGUUGGACAAAAUCAGAGAGAUCAACAUAGACAAAAAGGUCAAACAAGCCAACAACAAAACACUGAAAAAAGAACUAUGUAUCAAAAAAGAGACGGUCAACAACAAAGAGGUCGAAAUAAUUUUAAUAAUGUUUUGGGUAAUAGUGUACGUGGAAGGACACAACAAAAUCGGUAUCGAUCUUAAUUUAAAAAAGCUAAUUUACAUUUAAAAGUUGUAAAUAAAAAAUUUUUAUUAACAUAUAUAUAAUAGUUAAAUUUGAAUAUAUUAAAUUUAUUAUUGCACACUGAUUUUGGUAGUGGUGAUCGUUAAAAAUAUUUAGUCAAAUCCAAAAAUCCGAAUAGUAUUUUAA